CAAGCGAUUUCUGUCGAAACUUCAUUUUUGACAGAUUUUUCGAAAGCGGUUAUGUUUGUCCGGUAUGUUUAAUUUACGAAUUCGUGAUUGUUAAUUUCGAUUUUGUGUUAGAGAAGUGUAAGUUUCAGCAAUAAUGUUAAAAACCGCUCCAGACCCCAUAGAUAUCCAGGAUCUUCAGUUUAAAUUACGUUGCCGUUUGAAAGUUUUUAAUAAUGUAGAGGGUGCAAAUGCUUCCAAACUUUGUAGUCUGGUUACGUGUGCCAGCAGAUUUGGGUUAAUUUUCGUUGGAACCAAUACUCCAAACGUGCAAGUAAUUCAGUUAAAAAGCAUAGAAGGGUGUACUUUAGGUAGUGGAGACAAAUCCGACUACCCUAGAAGAAAUCUGGCUGUACCGUCAGCCCCUACACAUUUAUCAGUUAAUUGCGAGCACACAGUAUUGGCCAUUGUUGUCGAAAAAAAUAAUUGUCCGUGUGUUUUAUUUUACGAUGUUAAGUCAUUCUGGCAGAAAGAUAUUAAACAGAUUGGGGAAAUUCGUCUCUCAGCCACCCCCUCAGUUUUUGUAACGGAAGUGAAUUGGAAUCCGGCUCUAGGACCGGUAUUUACAGCCUGCAAAAGCGACGGAACUUUAGGAAUUUAUGAAAUCAAAAGUAGCGGCAUUGAUAUCAAUGAGCUACCGGCUGCAGCGGGUGCUACCAGCUUUUGUUGGAGCCCCAAAGGCAAGCAAAUAGCCGUGGGUUCUCGUGAUGGUAAAAUCACCCAAUAUAAACCUGACCUUAAGGCGGUUAAAGUGAUAAAUGCGCCACCUUUCAAAGAGCCGCAUUCACUUCUGUCCUUGCAAUGGGUCUCCAAUUACCAAUUUAUCGGAGUUUUUCAACCCCUUAACCCCAGCAGUCCUGCCACUUUUGUCGUGGUCGAUGCUCCCAAAACUGGAGACCCUAUUUUCAUCAAUUAUGACGAUAUUUGCUACAGUAAUGGGAACGCAAGACCUGCCCAGUUUUACACGAUUUUGAUUCACCAAUGGAAUAUUUUGAUGGCCGCAUCCUCGAACAGUAUGGAAGUUGGUAUUUUGGGAAAUUCAGGCGAUUGUUGGAAGCAGUGGAUUAUGGGAGAUGCAGCAAGGGCUGAACUCCCUCUCAGUACAAAUCGUCAAGAAACGUUACCAGUUGGUUGUGGACUUGAUAUUGGAAACACCCAGCACUUACCAUGGGGCGAGUCUACCAUACCACCAGUACCAUUUUUGGUACUCUUGUCCCAUCACGGAACGUUGUGUAUUUUUAACGUCAUCAAUUUGAAAGAGGGGUCUCCGACUAUAUGUGCUCCACCUGAUCCAGUACCUGACACUUCAGGUUUGCAAAAUUUUAUCAUGGAAACUGGGAUCAAAGAAACCAAAGUACAACCAGUACCACCACUAACACCAACCAGUAGUGUGGAACCACCAAAACCAGCUCCUGUUGUAGUUAGUACUCCUACUACUACUUCAUUUUUUAAGAUUCAGUCUAAUCAAGCAACUCCGCCACAAGCUCAGAUAAAUCUCUUUGGCGGUCAAGCGACUCUAACUCCCGUUUCCAAAGGGGCAAAAAGUACUCCACAACCAGCGACUUCAUCACCUUACCAAUCCUUGUACCCCUCUCAGCCAAGCGAAAUUAAAAGUGGUACUACGGAGACCAUACAAGUGGUAGCAAAAACAAUCGCACCUCCUAUUAGCAGUGCUACAAAGACUGUCGAAAAGACCGAAGAUACGAUAAAUCUGGACUUGAAAGCAGAGGAAGAAGCUGAGAAAAUUUUCGCGCAAAUGGUCCGUGAAGAAUGCGUUUUUCUCGAAUCGGAACUCAAGGCUAUUCUUCACCAAGGCCGGACUUUGAAAUUGAAUUUAGGAUCAGAUGAUGAUAAAACCAAAAUCGUCCUUGGUACCAAGUCGUUAGAGGAGUUUUUCAACGAGCUUGUCGAUAUUUGUACUACACAAAACUCAGAGGUUCAUAUCUUAAAGCAGAAUCUUCUUCAAUCUUGGGCGUGGUAUGAGGAAGUGAAGUCUCGCCAUUUGUCGUCUCAGGAUGAGUCUUUGUUGGUUUUGAUGAGAGCACAACCGUUGGAUUCUGUUUCUGAGAAACAGCUUGCAGAUAUACGACAUGCGAAUUAUUAUUUGGAGUCACAAAUAUCGCAAGCACACUCCGCUUUAGAUGAACAGUGGGAAAAUUUCCAGGAUUAUUGCAAGAAGAAGCACAAAAUACAGAUUCCGACGAUGGAGAUGAUUUUCCAAACCAUGGUGAAACAAAACGCAAUUUUGCAAAAACAAAGUUAUAUUUUGAAAGAUAUAGCCAGUAGGAUUAAAAAAAAGUCGCGAUCGGCCGUUGGUCCUUCUCUCCUUGUUCCUUUUGAUGAUGUUAAAGACCUGUCCGAGGAUUUGAAACGUUUGAGGAUGAACCCUGAAGACAUCAGCCAACUUCAGUAUGAACACGUCAUAAAUCGAACGAAAAAUUUCACGAAAAAGAAAGUCCAAGAUUUGCGGACUUUUCUCCAAAAAAGAGAAUAUCCACAUAUUUCAUUCGUGAAGCCUCAAUUGGCCAGUUCCGUAAUCCAAACUCCGCCAAAACAACUUAGUCGGCUUCCCGAAAAAACUUCAGUUGCACCUCGGGUUCUCGAUUUUGCGCAGUCAACUCCCAAACCCACUGUGCUCAAAUUCGACUCCACGGCAACUCCAAUCGAAGGUUUACAAAAUUUAGCCCUUAAAUUCGAGGCUAAAAAUUUCACAAAUUUGCCCGAGAAAACUUUCACGCCUUUGACUAAAAACGUGAUUGCUGGGUCUCCAAAUUCGGCUUUUGUCUCAACUUCGGUUUCUGCAUCAGCAAAUACUUACAAACCCACCUUCAUGGCUGCAACUACAGCCGUGACAGCGUCUAUUAUUAAAACAAGUCCCAGUUUUGUGGCAGUGACUAGUACUGCAACCAUGCAAGCACCUAAAUCGUUUGUUAAUUUGUCUUCCCAACCAGUUACUAGCAGUACCCCAAAGGUGGGGACAAACCUCUUUGCCACAUCUUUGCCUAAAACUACAUUUUCGUUCAGUUUACAAACUACUAGUGCGGCGCCCAUUUUAACAAGUAGUGCAGCGACUACCAAACCCAGUACGUCUAUUUCUGUUUUUAAUCUAUCCACGAGUGUUAGUACUACCGCGGAAAGUACGAUUUUUACGAAAACUUCUACUCCGUCAUUUGGUAUUGCUACCACCACAGCACCAACCUCCACCCAGUUUUCGUUCGGUGGCGCUACUAAUACUUCAAGUAUUUUCGGUGCAGCAACACAAAAAGUGACCGAAGCUGCGACAUCGAAAACCUUUACGUUUUCUACAAAGCCAGUAGUUACUUCUGCAACAAGUACUCCAAAUGUGGUGGUUUCUGCCGUUUCCCCCGUUGCUAGCAGUACCCAACGUUCAAUUUUCCCUACGACUUCUGUAACAACCAGUCCUAAAACAACGCAAGCUGUCUCGAGUCCAGUCUCAAUCCAACCCACUUUUGGUGUAACAGCUCCAAAUUCAGUUAGUACUACCAGUGGCACUCCAUCAACUCAGUCCUCACCGUUUUCAUUGGGGGCACUUAAAUCAUCUAUUUUUCCCUCACCGGCUGUUCCUGCCGUAACUACAACACCGAAAAUCGCCACCAGUGCGGCCACUGUUGUUACUACAGCUGUUACAACUACCGGUGUUACAGCUCCUGUUGUUACAACAGUCCCAUCUUCAACUAGUAUUUUCUCAACGCCAGCAACAACUCCAUCAAUUUUCGCUUCGCCAGCAACAACUUCAACAAUUUUCUCUUCGCCAGCAACAACGUCAUCAAUUUUCUCUUCGCCAGCAACAACUUCAUCAAUUUUCUCUUCGCCAGCGACAACUUCAUCAAUUUUCGGCUCUAUUGUUAGUAGUACUACUCAGUCUCCAACCAUAUCUUCAGCUCCGCCCACAACUGGGUUUUUCGGUGGUGCUCUUUCAACUAAACCACUCUUUGGUGGUACCGAAGUUAGCGCCUCGAAACCGUCAAUAUUUAGCAGCACAACUGCAUCAAGUGUUUUUGGGGCUGUUGCAACCACGGAUUCAAACGUUUCGAAACCAUCCAUCUUCGGAGCCCUGCCAUCAUCCUCCACUACAGCUUCUGUCUUUGGUACUGUUGCAAGUACCGAUAGUAAUGUAUCAAAGCCGUCAAUUUUUGGCAAUGUUUCGUCAAGUACUUCACCAGCGACUGUUUUUGGCGCUACCACACCUACCACUCAGAUUUUUGGUGGUGCUACCCCUUUGUCUACUAGUUCAUUUGGGGCUGCAGCUACGACACAAUCGUCAAUUUUCGGCUCUCCCACUACCCCAGUUUUUGGAACUCCUGUUGGUACCACUCAGUCGACUUUUGCCAGUCCUACAACGACAACUCAAUCUCAAGGGUUCGGUCUUUUUGGAGACGCCGCCCAAAAGCCUUCCCUAUUUAAUGCAAAACCAAAUGCGACUCAACCGUCAAUAUUCGGAAGCACACAGCCGUCGAUAUUUGGUGGUACCACAACUUCUUCAACGUUCGGCCAAAGCCAGCCCUUCGAUGGGAGCAAAAAUACAAGCGCUUUUGGUCAAGGUUCUGUUUUUGGUUCGUCAGGUAGUACGAACGUUUUCGGGGGUUCAGCACCCGCUUUUGGCCAAACGGGUGGUUCCGUCUUUGGAAAUGCACCAACUACGAGCUCUGGGAGCAUUUUUGGGGCAACGACUACAAGCGGAGGUACUUUCGGUACUAGUGGAUCUUUAUUCGGAGCACCUGCGUCCACUGCCCCCUCACUUUUUGGGGCACCUGCAUCUACGACUCCCUCUAUUUUCGGUUCGUCGAAUGUCUUCGCCCCUGCCACUACUCAGUCCGGUACUUUCGGCACCAAUACCAGUUCCGGAACGUUCGGUUUCGGAAGUCUCAAUGUUUCAACGACUGCAAGUUCGGGUUUCGGUGCACCUGCGAACCCCUUCGGGGGCGAUAAGAGCGUUUUCGGAGCCUCUCCAGUGUCGUCAAGUGGCUCAGUUUUCGGUUCCAGUGGUGGAUCGCUCUUCAGUAACACGUCCCAGAGUUUUGGUACCGGUUUCGGGAACCAAUCUUCCUUCGGCCAACAGUCGUCCUUCUUCGGGGGUAGCAGUUUCGGUCAGCAACCUGCGGGGCCCUUCAGUGGUGGGAGUGGAACUGUGGGACAAACCGGGUUUGGGGCAGGUCAGAGCUUCCAAAAACCGGGAUUUGGGGCAGCUCCCGUUUUCGGGGGAUCGCCCAGUUUCGGGAGUUCGCCUAGUUUUGGAGGAGCGCCGGCGUUUGGCAGCCCACCGGCUUUUGGGAAUACUUCAAAGGUGUUUGGGUCCUCAAGCCCCGGGUUUGGGGCAGCUGCUAGUACCCAGAACACAGCUUUUGGUAAUUUAGCCAAUCAACCAACAGUAGGGUUUGGGAAUUUGGCACAGCAAGCUGCCAACGCCCCAGCGCAGAGUGCGCCGUUCUCUGGGAGCUCCUCAUUCUCCAGUUGGCGUUAAUGAAGGAAAAUGUUUUACGUUAAAUUUUGUAAGCUGAAACUAAUAAAUUUUUUUAAAAUUAA